AUGUUUCUCCAAUUCCAAAAAAAGCGCAAAGCUCUUCCAGGAAGCGAUCCUGUCAACUACAGGAUAUCGGAGGAUCAGACGGAUGAUAGUGUGGUUAAGAGAAGAAGAUGCACUGCUUUUGAGAAGCAGCUCGACGAAAACAAGGCCACGGAGCUCGACAGAGAGAUAGAGACCAAGAAGCAAGAAAAGCCUACGCCUAGGGCACUCGAGAUGGUUAACCUCUGGGACUGUUUCCAGAAGCAAGAGGUGGUCCGCGCUCAUACUAUUGAGACCGUCAUAUCCAAUGUUGGCAUUGCGCUUAGGCAGAUACCUAAGGGUGUGUCUGAGGCGCUGCUGCCUCCAGCGCACAUGACGCUCAAGCGCGCAGACUCAACUCGAGUCAAAAUGGCCGGCACUGAUGAAACCGUUGUUUCCCAGGACUUGCACGUGGGAAUGCUGUUGCGCUGUUUCUUGUGUCAAAACCCACUCCCAGAGCCUAGGGAAGAAACUUAUCCCGAUUGGCAGGGCCCUCUGGUCUCUGUAUUUCCGUUCACGACUGAAGAUGGAUCUAUUCGGGAGCAGUUGCGCUCCACGCACCUCCGGAAGCUCAAACUGCACUACCCCAACAAGACCCGUUUUUGGUCCAAGAACUUCCUCCGUGAGAGGCUGUCAGUCCAGCCCUGCGGUCGACAAGGCCUUUGUGGGGAUUACUGCCCGGAGUGCAGACCGGAUCGUAUGGUCUACCUCUCGCACAGGGACUGUUGGAAGGUCGCGUUCUCCAGCGCUCCCUUUUCUUCCCCCUUGGAUUGGUCUUGCUUGGCUGUACAAACACGACCAUUUGAGACCCGUGAUUCGGGAAUUGAUGGGCAACCUGUGGUUUGUCACGAGGAUCCGCCCACACCCCUUCCUGCCUCCGUGGCCUCUGAUAGCAGCCUGUUCCACGCGAGCACUACCUUGGCAAAGCUUCUAUCCAAGGUCCGCGCACUACCUCCAGAACUUCAAUUGCAGAUAAUGAGCUUCUUGAAAAACACCAUGUUUGCCUCGCUGCUGCAGGCAAUGACGUUUGUCUCAGAGUUUGCUCUAGGCAGAUUUGGCCUUCGAGGCGUUCGCAUCUCAUAUCAGGAUGGAUCUUUUUCCUCGUGGCUUGGAGACUCGUCGUCUUGUUGGCUGGGAACAGUUCUUUGCUCCGAGCUUUCCAAGUUGAACGUGAUCGCAGACCAAUUGCGAAUAGUUUGUGUUGAGACAGGUCCGAGUGCUGUCAGUCACAACAAAAUCUCAGUCAUGUGGUACCGUAGCCCUCCGCCCUCCGGUAUCAGUACUCGAAUUAUCACACCACAAUGUCCGGAUGAGGUGCUUCACUACUAUCCGGGUUGGAAACAGUGCCAGUACUUGCCACUCACUUUUGGCUCAGAGUACGCGUCUGGACUGACGGUUUAUAUUGGCUCGGAAUUCUCCAGAAUAAUCGGUAUUGUUUCCCAUGGUUCCUCUGACGUCGUGUUCGGGGAGGCCGUGUAUGCGGAGGACGAGUACGACGAGGCGCACCAUGGUCCCGGAAUACCAAUUCAUUUCGCUUUUAGACAAGGGGAGUGUUUAACUUCUGCCUGGGUGCAUAUGAGAUCAGCUUCAUAUCCGCUGUCUGCUGGUUUGCUCGCGGAUACUUCACCUGCACCGGAUAUUGAUGAAGCAGCUAAGCCUCCGCUCCUGCCAAUUCAUGCGGAAGGCCCUACGCUCCCCACACUGGAUUUCGCCAAUCACCUCCGAAACCAGAAAACGAGAUAUGGCUUUUCGACAGCUUCUCUGAAUGAUAUAGCUACCAUGCAUGUGCGCAAGAAGACGAUCGAAGCCCACUCAAAGCGCGUGUAUGGGUGCGCUGGGCUGCACAUAGUUCAUCGCGACUCAAGUGUCGAGAUACUGGGGCGAUGGGACCCCCGUGACAAGGCUUGCAUCUCUAAAUUAUACGACGCAAGCGAGGGGUCCUUGACAAGAGUAACUUUCCACAUGGGCCAAGCUGAAAGGGCAACACACGUGGAAAAUAUUACCGUGGGUGUUACAGACAAUCCAUGGGACUGCCAGCCUCUGGAUGCGUCACUAGUGGUCCCAAUGGAGCCCAAUGACUGCGGGAGAGAUUCAGCCACGAGAACGUUCGACUGCACCCAGGACUCCCAGCGGGUCGCCUGGUGGUUCACAUUCGGAUAUGACGACAUAACUCGUGACCGCGGGAGCCCAGCGAUUCAAAUUGAGGAGGAGACUGAUUUAGUUUUCGCCGAAGCGCUGGAGGUAAUACAAGUAGAUUGA